CAAGGGACGUAUAUGGUUGUCCCCCUCCUAAUUUAAUCUCCACAACAACCCUGUAAAAUAGGUUGGGCUGAGAGGCAGUGACUGGCCCAAGGUCACCCCGUCUGCUUUAUGGCUGAAUGAAUUUGAAAAAAAUUGACCAAAAUCUGGGCCUCCCACGUGUGAGAAUUCUACCACUGAACCACAGAUGGAGAUAAUUACUGAUGUGAAUAUUUCUCCCUGCCCAGAAAAUUUGGCUGAGGUUCAGCUUGGCUCUGGGAAGGUGGCUCUUUUCAGCCAGAAAAAACGAGGGGGCCUCACGUACCGCAUCCCGGCGCUGCUGUACCUGCCCUCCGAGUCCAUUCUGCUGGCAUUUGCAGAGGAGCGCUCAUCACCCAGAGAUGAAGAUGCGAAGUUCCUGGUGAUGAGGCGAGGGCAGAAGGAAGGGACGAUUGUCCAGUGGGGUCCUCAGGAGUCUCUGGUGACAGCCAAUGUGCCCAACCACCGUACCAUGAACCCUUGCCCAGUGUAUGAGAGGAAGAGUGGCACGGUUUUCCUGUUCUUCAUCAGUGUGCAGAAAUACAUCACGGAACGGCACCAGAUCAGCACAGGGAGAAAUUCCGCCAGGCUGUGCUACAUCUUUAGCCAAGAUGGCGGUUGCACGUGGAGCCACGUGACUGACCUGACCGAGACGGUGAUUGGCGGCGAGUUGACAAACUGGGCCACCUUUGCUGUUGGGCCGGGCCACGGCGUGCAGCUGAGCUCGGGACGUCUGGUGAUUCCGGCGUAUGCCUACUACAUCCACAAGCGUUUGUUUGGCCACCCGCUAAAGUGCUGGAUCAGGCCUCAUUGCUUCACCUUCUACAGCGACGAUGGGGGUCAGAGCUGGGUCCGGAGCCCACUUCUCAAGAACUUGCUGACAUCGGAAUGUCAAGUGGCUGAGCUGACCUGUGACAAUGGAGGCCAGGUGUUAUACUGCAAUGCCCGCAGUCUCCACAACUACCGGGUUGGAGCCCUCUGCACGGACAACGGACACCAGUUUGUGAAUCACUCUCUGUGCGAAGAGUUGUGUGAGUCGCCCUUCGGUUGCCAGGGCAGUGUGGUGAGUUUCUCCUCACAGCGGGAGCCCUCAGAUCUGGAUCAAAAGGAAGCUGCAGGCAAAUCAACUCAUCGGUUGGGUGUUGAUCCUGCCUCAGCCGCGCUCACAAGGACCAAGUCGUGGCUGAUUUUCUCCCAUCCUACAAAACGGCACAAGCGCUUGGAUCUGGGCAUCUACCUGAACACCUCUCCGCUGGAGAAAGGCCGCUGGAAAGCCCCCUGGGUGCUGAAUAAAGGGCCCAGUGGCUACUCGGAUUUGGCCGUCUGUGAGGAGGGGGAGUCACUGAUGUUUGGCUGCUUGUUUGAGUGUGGGGUGUCCUGUGAGUGUGAGGAGAUUGCCUUUCAGCUGUUCAGUGAUGUUGAGCUCCUGAGGAACGUGAUGGAAGUCCCAUGCGUUGCCUCUCCUCCCUCUGAAGCGAAGGUGCCUGAAACAAAGCUCAAGAAUGUUUAGCACCAGAGGACAGAAAAUGAGAACCCACUCAUUUUCCUCUCCCCCUAGUUUCUGCUGUGUCAUUGACUUAGUGUUACGUGGUGCAGGCUUUAGGAAAUGGCCGUUGUUUCUGUUUGGUAUUUUAAAAAUAUAAAAUGAAAUAGGAA